AUGGCUAGCACUGGCACAGUGGCAAAGUCCAUUGCUAACGCUUACCCACACUUGAAGUGCACUGUGUUGGAUCUUCCUCAUGUGGUUGCUAGAUUGGAAGGUAGCAAGAUUUUGAACUAUGUUGGAGGUGACAUGUUUGAAGCUAUUCCUCGUGUUGAUGCUAUUUUAUUAAAGUGGAUCUUGCAUGACUGGAGCGAUGAAGAGAAUAUAAAAAUACUGAAGCGAUGCGAAGAAGCAAUCCCGAGCAAGGAGAAGGGAGGGAAGGUAAUAAUCAUAGACAUGGUGGUAGAGAACAAGAAAGAAGACAAUGAGUCAAUAGAAACACAACUCUUCUUUGACAUGUUGGUGAUGAUUUUGCUAACUGGUAGAGAGAGAACUGAUAAGGAAUGGGCAAAACUCUUUUUCUGA